GGCAACAAUCUGUCGACGAGCUUUACUUCAUUCACAGCAAACGAGCCGUAUACAUAUGUGAGAGCGUCGAGGUCGAAACCGAGUGAAAUCCGUGAAGUUCGUGAUUCAAAAGUUUGAAUGAAUAUCAGUAACCAUCAAGGAUGAUGUGUUGAAAAAUAUCACCCCAACAGCUGCACGCCAGUAACCUGAUUCCAAAGCUACAAGCACCAUGCUGUGAUAUGCCACCACCGACAGUAAUACAAGCUUGAAGAACAAAACGCGCGCACAUUAACCGUCUUCUUUAUUUGCGCGAUACGAACCUUACCCAUCUUAGGCGCAAUUGCAGUGACUGGCAAGCAGCCAGUAUAGUUAUCAUCUCCAUAUCAGCUGAAAAACAGCGAAAACAAGGUCCACAAUGUGUUCGUGUUGUUCCGACAUGCAAAAGAAGAUGGUAUCGUUUGGGUGUUCAGCUUUCCUGAUACUGUUUGCAAUCAUUCUGGGUACGCUAUGGCCGUCGAUGUCUUCUAAACUGUUGCGCGAUAAACUAGUGAUCAAGAAUGGUUCCGUCAACUACCAGAACUGGAUCCGAACUCCGAUCCCGAUGUACCUGGAGGUCUACUUGUUCAAUUGGACCAAUCCACAGGACCUGGACAAAUUCCCAACGGUGAAGCCCCACUUCGAGGAAAUGGGCCCGUACGUGUUCCACGAAGUUCACGAUCGAAUCAAUCUGGAGUGGAACGAGAACAACACGGUUACGUUCAAUCAGCGACGAACGUGGAACUUUGAUCCCGAACUCUCGCGGGGAUCGCUCGAUGAUACCGUGACUAAUCUGAACGUUAUCUCACUGAACACAGCAUAUUUUAUGCGAAACGCUCCAACGUUAAGUAAAAUGGCUGUUGAAGUGUUGCUCUCGCUGGACGGGUCCCUAAUUUGGGAAAACAAACCAGUUCGCAAUCUGUUGUUCGAAGGACUGGAUGAUCCUCUGCUGGAUCUACUGAAAACCCUGAACAACACAGUGAAGCUUCCGUUCGAUAAAUUCGGAUGGUUUGUAGACAGAAACCUGAGCGACACGUACGACGGAACGUUCACAAUGAAAACGGGAGCCGAUUCGCUGGAGAACACCGGAAUGCUAACCUUAUGGAACGGUCAGGCUCAGACGGGGAUGUAUCGGGGAAAAUGUGGCGAAGUACGCGGAACGACUGGAGAAUUGUGGCCGGUGAGUCACAGCUUGAAGAGUAAUGUCACCAUCUUCGCCUCGGACGUCUGCCGAUCGUUGACGCUUCAGUACGGAGAGCAGAUAACUAUCCAUGACGUAGAAGGAAACAAAUAUGUCGGCGACGAACGGGUGUUCGAUAACGGAACCAUGUUUCCAGAAGCGGCUUGCUGGUGCAAUUCUGACUACUGUCCCGAUGUUAAGUCAGGAGUUUUUAACGCGUCGGCUUGUAAAUUUGGAUCGCCGACCUUCGUUUCCUAUCCUCAUUUUUAUCUAGCGGAUCCUUCAUAUCUGGAUGUGGUCAGUGGACUGAGUCCUAAUAAAUCCAAACACCAGUUCUACAUUGCAAUGGAACCACAUACUGGCAUUCCCUUGGAUGUCCGUGCACGAUUACAAAUCAACACGCAUCUGCAACCUAUCAAGGGAAUCGGCAUGUACAAAGAUGUCCCAGAUAUUAUGGUACCGAUGAUGUGGUUCACCCAAAGAGCAACUCUGACUCCUGAAUUGGCAAAUCAAGCUAAGAUGGCCCUUGUGCUUCCGGCUUUGGGAAUCUACAUUGCAAUCUUCUUCGGGACGACGGGAACCAUCCUGGUUGGUAUCUUCGCUUACAUUUGCAUCCGUAAGUGGAGCAGCCAGGUUCCGUACGAAGAACUGCUGCGGUGAGAAGUCGUUGCUGCUGAAGCCCUUGCAAUCGAUGGCGAAGACAACAAUGGCAUCGUUUGAACAUGAUCUCACAUUCGACAGGAAAUGUGUGGGCAUUCGAAAUAGCUAAUAAUCCACCUGCUGGGAUGUGAAGUGCCUUAACGUGAUAAUCAUAAGUCGUAGGUGCAGUCGCAUUAAUUGCUCACAACUUCAACUUUUCGGGUUUGCGGAAUAUACGUAGUUCGUAGAGAUUAAGGAUUAUAUUACCAGUUGACAAUGAUUUUAAGUCUGAGAACAAUUGAGAUAGUAACAGUGCCAAUUAUAGUUUAUGAUUGAAAGCUUGCAAAUAGUAAAGAAUAGCUACCAAAUACUUCUGGUCUGUUACUAAAACAUGCAUUAGAUAGCAAUAAUAAAAAGAUAGUAAAUA